GCAAGUCGCGCCGAAAUACACUACGGCACUUUCCUCAACUUUCAUUAAAGCUUCCCUGCUCUGCUUUCCACUUUCUCCAACAACACUAAUCGAUGCCUCCUCUGCAUGCUUCCUCCACUUCUUCCAUGGCUAUACUCCCCUCACAACCCUCCUCUUCCUUCUCCCUCCUGCCCCUACUUCUCUUCUUCUUCGUCCUCCUCUGCCUCUCCAAUGUCAACUCCUCAUCAGCAUCCGGCCUAGACGAGGAGGUGCACGCGGUGCAAGCCCGCCGGUACUCUCGCCAGACCUGCAACCUUUCCGCCGGCAAAUGGGUUUACGACUCCUCCUACCCUCUCUACGACCGCACUUGCCCCUACCUCACCACGGCCGUGGAUUGCCGGCAAAAUGGACGCCCGGAUUCCGGCUACGAGAAAUGGCGGUGGAGGCCAUCCGGGUGUUCGCUCCCAAGGUUUAAUGCGCUGAGAUUUCUGGGGAGCAUGCGAGGGAAGAGAAUAGUGCUGGUGGGAGAUUCAAUAAUGAGGAACCAGUGGGAGUCUCUGGUUUGCUUGGUGCAGGGAGUGAUUCCUACUCAUAGGAAGAGUGUCACGUUUCGUGGUCCUUCCAUGGCCUUCCAUGCCUCUGAUUAUAAGACAACAAUAGUGUUUUGCUGGGCUCCUCUGCUGGUGGAAUUGAAGAAAGAGCGUGAGAAGGGGAGAGUUUUACACUUGGAUCAGAUAGAAGCGAAUGCGAGGCAUUGGAGAGGAGCUGACGUUCUUGUUUUUGAUUCAGCUCACUGGUGGACUCACUCUAACCAGGAGACUUCGUGGGACUACUACAUGGAGGGAAACAAGAUCUACAACAGAAAUUUAAAUCCGAUGAUUGCCUACGGAAAAGGGCUCACAACAUGGGCCAACUGGGUGGAUUCAAAUCUCAAUCCUCACCAAACCCGAGUCAUUUUCCGCAGCAUUUCUCCAACCCAUAAUCGAGAAAAUGGUAGGAAAUGCUACAACCAGAGGGAACCUAUGGCCUUUCUUGGUCACCGGCAUCAUGUUCCAGCGCAAAUGCACGUUCUACAAAGUGUCCUGAGGAGGAUGAAAUUUCCAGUAUACUUGCAGGAUAUUACAACCAUGUCUGCUUACCGGAGAGAUGGGCACCCCUCUGUUUAUUCUAAACGUAUCGGCUACGAAGAGAAGCGCCAUCAGAACCAGAUCAGCUCAGCAACUGACUGCAGCCACUGGUGCCUCCCUGGAGUUCCUGAUACCUGGAAUGAGAUGUUGAGUGCAAUAUUGAUGGCCUAACCUAAAUUUGAAAUCUUUGGAGCAAUUCAGCGCAGAGUGAUUAGAACAACUGUUUCUGAUCUGCCUCUGCUAGAUUUGUCAGUCACCAAUCUGGGGUGGUACUUUUGCUUUGUGGUUAAUUUUUUAAGAAUCCUUUUAUGAUGAAUAUUGGGGAUGUAUGUGUGUUAUGCUUUUGGCAAGUUACUGCCAAUUUCCAUUACCAAAGAAGGUUGGGGUGUUUUGGCAAAA